AUGAAAACAAGUCGUAUGGACCCACAAGCUUCGAAUUCCUUUCGCCAUAGGUUUACUUUUGUUAAUGGAAUCACUUAUCAUUAUGUAGACGAAGGUGAAGAAAGAAACGAUGCUAUAAUAUUAUGCCAUGGGUUUCCAGACUUAUGGUAUGGCUGGCGUUAUCAAAUUCCUUUCCUAGUAUCCAAGGGUUUUAGGGUAAUUGUACCUGACCUUCGAGGAUAUGGUCAAACA